UGUAAUUUAUUUUUUGAAAAAAAUUGGCCCCCCUCAACUUCCAAGGCUAGUUCCGCCCCUGCUUGCUGGCAAUGAGACUUUGCUAGAAAAAUUAUAUCUAGAGUACAACUUCUUUACAGGUGGAAUUCCUUCAUUCAUUUGGAACAUAUCUUCUUUGAGAGCGGUUAGCCUUGGCAUAAAUAAUUUAAAUGGCAAUUUGCCCGAAGAAAUGUGCCAUCGACUGCCUUUACUCGAAAUCUUUGAUGUUGUGAGUAAUCAAUUUGAGGGAAGCAUUCCAAAAUCAAUAAAUAAUUGCACAUUUUUAAAGGAAUUGUGUUUGGAUAAUAACUCAUUUACAGGUUUUGUACAUAAAGGCAUAGGCGAACUUAAUAACCUUAAUAUCUUAGACUUGAGCAGUAAUCAUUUAAAAGGAGCAAUUCCUUCCAAUAUAUUCAACAUUUCAACAUUGACAAUUUUACAGCUUUCUGCUGCUUUGGAGUAUCUUCAUCACGGUUCUGCGACACUUGUUGUUCACUGUGAUGUGAAACCAAGCAAUGUUUUGUUGGAUGAAGAUAUGGUAGCUCAUCUUAGUGAUUUUGGUAUUGCUACAUUGUUUGGUGAAGGACAACAGGAAAUUUAUACAAAAACUCUGGGUACAAUUGGCUAUAUGGCACCGGAGUAUGGAUCGAAAGGAGUUGUUUCAAUCAAAGGAGAUGUGUAUAGUUAUGGUAUUUUGCUAAUGGAAAUCUUUACAAGGAAGAAGCCGACACAUCAGAUGUUUGUUCAAGGAUUAAGUUUGAGAGAUUGGGUGAGAAAAUCAACAUCACACUCAAUCUUUAGCAUUAUAGAUGCCAAUUUGCUGCACAAAGAAAAUCAAAAUACUAAUAAUAUAUUACCACAUAUAUCAUCAGUUUUUGAGUUAGCAUUAAAUUGUUGCAUUGAUUUACUUGACGCAAGACUUACUAUGACUGAUGUUGUUGUAUCAUUGAAAAAAAAUCAAGGCUUCGCUUCAAGAAAAUGUUGGGACCCUACUAGUUGAAUAAUAGCUAAAAUUUUAGUGCUUCGUUUC